AUGUCUUCGGAGGAGAAGAAGAUAAUCGAGUUCGUUGUCCGUCUCCCCCCUGACGUAAAUCCAUAUGGCGCGGUAGCCCAACACAUGAAGGAAUUGAUGACAAAAUCAACGGUUUCGCAAAACUCAUCAACUUUUUCAAUCUAUCCAGCCGCCGCGAAUGGCUACUUGGGCGACUGUGGCACAGCGUUGCGCCGUGAUCUUGCUCGUUCUCAUCAGCCAGCUACCACGCAGACGAAAGAAACUCCCAUUGACCUUGACCUGCUUUGCGACCCAUAUUUUGAUACCAGAAUGUUUCUACAAGCCGUGCACUUGAUCUACGCUCGUAUCAGUGCGGGUGCGUUCAAACUAUGGAUUUUUACGCGCCUCGGCCUCUAUCAUGUCGAUAUCGCUAGCACGGCCGGCUUGACAUAUAUGGUGUAUAGUAUCUGUCAGUAUCACUCUAGUAUAGUGGCGAUAGUAGAUUUGGUCAUCCUAGAUUUUUGCAACGCUGGCAAACGUGAUCUGUCUGGAGAGCUCGUUUUAUUUGGCUGCAAAUAUAUAAUUAUCGUUGGGAAUGCUUGUUUUUCUAUGGGUGUGUGCUUGCCAGUGUGCAACUUUAAUUUGCGAAUCAGGAUUAGGGGAGACGUCUGGCACGGGAAGGAGACUCCAUCCAGCAAUCAGGGCUGCUAUGAAUACAUCAUUGUUGAUGGCACUCGUCCUUCCAAUCCGUCCUACUUGGUACUGCUUUCCAACCUCGUAGCUUUAGUAGUGCAUUACUAUACGAGGCUCGAUCAGGAGUAUGGUAUGGCAAAAAUGAUAUUGCAUGAUGUACUUAAGGGACUCAGUACCAAAGCGGCCACUGUCACCCCGCAGAAUUAUAGUCGCAUGGCACUAUUAGCAAUGCUGACACCAGCCCGAGGUAUGCAGCCGCAUGCUAAAAAUAUGGCCAGAUUCACCCGGAUGGGCAUCACAGUUUACCUAGUGGAAUUGACCAUCCUCAGUGUCUUAUAUGUGCCUCUCCUAGCGUUCUCGCUAAGUCGUUUGUAUGCAAGAUCAGUGUCUCAAAAACAGCUGUCUCAAGCCGCGUCAGGCGGUGAAGGGAGUGAAAAAAUUUCGAGUAUGGGUCGCAAGAUCCGCGAGCAGCGUACAAGGCUAGUGACGCAUGCUAUAAUGUCAUAUCUUUCUUACAAAGGUGAUGGGUUUCUACUAGAUAAGACGUGGUUGACACUCACCCGCGUGAUUCAAGAAGCUGAUCACAUGUCGACUUUUCUCAGAAUCGCUUUUAUACUCAAUCUCCACGCGCGCAAUCAGUUGAUAGAAAUACGGAAUCAGAGCCCACCUUCGUCAACCAUGAACCCAAGCUACAGCGGCAGUAGGAACAAGGAAACUUCAUUGCCCAAAUACACUGCUAUUCUCCGCGGACGAGAAAAUGUGGCGCUUUCAGUCCUUCCGACCCACAUCAAUCAAACACUGAGUUCGACCUCGAAAUCGAUUAGCCAAAAGUCAAGUGUGAAUUUCAAAGAAACAUUCAACAAUUGUCCGAACGACCAAAAGUCUGAGAUGAGUGCAGAGGAAUCGAUUGCCAAGAAUUGA